AUGGACAAAAAGAAAUCAACAUUAACUGCUAGUGGAUCAUCUUCUCCUUCCACAAUAACUAAAACAAAAAAAUCAUCAUCAACAACAGCAGCAGCAUCACUACCAACAACAACGACAAGCAGAAAUGCAGUACUUCCUCAAACUGCUCGUCGGAUUCUUCAAAAUUUUCUUUUGGUAUGGCUCGAUGCCAAUUUGCAAGAGUCAGAUAAGGAUUUUAAGAAUUCAUUGCAUCAUCUUCGAAAAAUUGUGGCAUCUAUCACAACGUUUACGGAUGCCCAACAAUGCGUUAAUUUCCUAAGUGAAAUCAAAAGAGAAAAGGUAUUUAUGAUCAUAUCAGGUUCCUUGGGUCGUCAAAUAGUACCAGAAAUCGAAGCAUUGCCACAACUGGAAGCAAUUUAUGUGUUUUGUGGUAACCAAUCGGUUCAUGAACAAUGGGCUAAAAAAAUAAGCAAGGUUAAGGGUGUAUACACAAAAAUAGAACCAAUUUGUCAAGCACUUGAAGUCGAUCGACAACGAUGUGAUCAAGCGAUGAUCCCGAUCAGCUUUAAUGGUCGUGAUGCAUUAUUUAUGUAUACACAAUUGUUAAAAGAAGCACUCUUGGAGAUCGAAGAUGACGAUAAGAAAUCCAUCAAAGAUCUGGUCGAUUAUUGUCGUGAACAAGAUGAUAUUUCUGAAGAUCAAAUUAAACUUAUUGAACGUGAAUAUCGUGCUCAUACACCAAUAUGGUGGUAUACGGCGGAGACAUUUAUAUAUCCAAUGCUGAAUCGGGGACUCCGACAAAUGGAUGUUGACAUCAUCCUUAAAAUGGGAUUUUUCAUCCGGCAUUUACAUCAACAUAUUACCGAACUACAUCGCGAACAAAAAGCCAGCAUGACGGCAAAAUUUCAAGUCUUUCGUGGACAAGGUUUGUCCAUGGAAGAUUUUGAAAAAAUGAAAAAAACCAAAGGAGGACUUAUGUCCUUCAAUAAUUUUCUGUCAACAAGUCGUAAUCGUGAGAUAUCUUUCAAAAACUUUGCACGACCAGCAGCAUUAAAUACAAACUCAGUUGGCAUCCUUUUCAUUAUGAACAUUGACACGGCUAUUUGUACAAAUUCAUCGACACCAUUUGCUGAAGUAAGCAAAGUUGGCUACUACAAAGAUAAAGAGGAAGAAAUACUUUUUACAACACAUACAAUUUUUCGUAUCGAUCGCAUCGAAAGAAUUGAAGACAAGAAUGCUGAUCGCUUAUGGCAAGUUAAUCUCACUCUUGUGGGUAAUCAAGAUGAUGAGCUUAACAAACUCACAGCACAUCUGCGAGAAGAGUCCACUUGGGCAACAGGAUGGGCUCGAUUGGGCUUCAUACUUUUUAAACUGGGUGAGUAUCAAAAAUCAGAACAACUCUACCAGAUCCUCAUUGAAAAGGCGCCUUCUGAUAAAGAUAGAGCAGAUUACAAUCAUCAACUUGGCUGGAUAUAUGAUAGCAUGGGCGAGUAUUCAAAAUCAAUUUUAUACUAUAAAAAAUCACUGGAUAUCUACAAGAAAAUUCUCUCUCCAAAUGAUCCCAGCUUGGCUUCUUCCUACAACAACAUCGGGAUGGUGUACGAUAACAUGGGCGAGUACUCGAAAGCACUUUCAUCGUAUGAACGAUCACUUGAAAUCAAGAAAAUAGCUCUCCCUCCGAAUCAUCCCGACUUGGCUUCUUCCUACAACAACAUCGGGUUGGUGUAUGAUAACAUGGGCGAGUACCCGAAAGCACUUUCAUCGUAUGAACGAUCACUUGAAAUCCGUAAAAUAGCUCUCCCUCCGAAUCAUCCCGACUUGGCUGGCUCCUACAACAACAUCGGUUCCGUGCAUUAUAGCAUGGGCGAGUACUCAAAAGCACUUUCAUCGUAUGAACGAUCACUUGAAAUCCGUAAAAUAGCUCUCCCUCCGAAUCAUCCCGACUUGGCUGCUUCCUACAACAACAUCGGUUCGGUGUAUUAUGACAAGGGCGAGUACUCGAAAGCACUUUCAUCGUAUGAACGAUCACUUGAAAUCAAGAAAAUAGCUCUCCCUCCGAAUCAUCCCGACUUGGCUUACUCUUACAACGGUAUUGGUUUGGUGUACGAUAAAACGCGAGAGUAUUCGAAAGCACUAUCAUACUUUGAGAAAGCACGUGGUAUUUGGGAAAAGACUCUCCCUUCAAAUCAUUGGUAUAUUUCACAUGUGAAAGGAAACAUUGAAAUUGAAAAAAAGAAAAUGUAAUUGUUUUUUUUUCUAAACAAGAAAAUAAACUGGCCAUCUUGAAAUCUAAGCUCGCCGAAGCAAGCAGUUGCAAAAUUUCGCGCACGCGCGACCAGAGAUACCCUCCGUAUUCUGCUGGCUCGUACAGUGGACAAAGCCGGCAAUGGUUAGGCAAACAUACAUCGAUGUACGUAUGAAUAGUACGACCAUGAUCAUCAUCUUCGAAAAGACGAUGACGAAAUGGACGCUUCUAUUCAUACAUACAUAGAUGUAUGUUGUGAAGGCCUACCAUCUGCACGCCUGCACGGGUCACCAACAGAACGUCGGAUAUCCCUGAGAAGGUUCAAUUGUUUUAGAGCCACCCUCAAAAGCUCCAUUAGUUAGAAAAAUAUUUUUGUUCUUCUGUUACGAAAAACAAGAAGAAGUAGAAACGGAAAGACGCGAUGAAAGACGACGUUAUGGAAUGAGAAUACGCAGCGCAUGAUAACAACCGGUGUUUGUCAAGCAAUGGAAUAUUGAGUGCACGAUAUCUUUGUCGUCUUUAAACAUUUCAUGUUCAAUUCGUCUGAGUUUUCAUCUCGAAUGUGUAAGAAUAACUUGAAUGUCGUGCACUCACCAUUGUAGCAAACGAACGAUGAUUGUAUGAAACGGCGGAUAAAAACAAUACAUUCGCCGUCAAUUUGAGUAAUAACUCAUACAGUGCAUAUCCUGAAAUAGAGAUAAAGAAUAGAAAAAGGGAAAAUUUUA